CAAGGCUAUGGCCAAAGUGUCAUUCUCUUGUGAUGCUAGUUUUUGUCCUCAUUGUGGCACACUUCUUCCUCUGCCCGGGAUCAGUGAUGUUGUGACGUGCUUGCUGUGCAGUUAUAAGAUAAAUGCUUCAGUGUUUGAGGGUGUGGAAGAGUACUCAUGCAAGACAUACGCUACAAAGGUCACUUCUAAGAAGGAAAAAACAGAACUGGAUGGUCCUUUAGCUGAAAAAGUGUGUCCAAACUGUGGCAACAAACGUAUGGUGUAUCAUACGCUGCAAACCAGAUCAGCAGAUGAGGGGCAGACAGUGUUUUACAAGUGUCCAAAGUGCAAAUUUCAAGAAACAGAAUUAUCAUAGCAAUCUCGAUACUACUAAUGCAGAUAAAAUGCUACUAAUAACAGCAGUUAUGAUCUGGUCAGUCAGUUUUCAAAGAGGGACUCAUCAAUAUGCAAAGAAUCGCAUCUUGCCAGCUC